CUCAUUCGCCCACAUCCUCACUUCCUCCAUCAGGCUUCAAACAGGCUGCAGGUAACGUUAACACAGAUCCAUCUAUUGCUUGUCUUCGUCCUGCUGCUGUUUUCUGUCGUCGCUUCGACUGACGCUGCUCUGAAAGGCUGACCGCUCAUUUUAAACAGGAUGUCUAUAGUGAAUAUUGUUGCCAGGGAGAUCCUGGACUCCAGAGGAAACCCCACUGUGGAAGUGGAUCUUCAUACAGCCAAAGGUCUGUUUAGGGCUGCUGUUCCCAGUGGAGCUUCAACUGGGAUCUACGAGGCUCUGGAGCUCCGAGAUGGAGACAAAACUCGCUACAAGGGCAAAGGUGUGACGAAGGCUGUAGCUCACAUUAAUGAGACUCUCGGACCGGCACUCAUCCAGUCUGGGAUCUCUGUGCUGCAGCAGGACAAACUGGACAACAUGAUGAUUGAAAUGGACGGCACUGACAACAAAUCUAAGUUUGGGGCCAAUUCUAUUCUGGGAGUGUCGCUGGCUGUAUGCAAAGCUGGCGCAGCAGAGAAAGGUGUCCCCCUGUACCGUCACAUCGCUGAUCUGGCAGGAAACAGAGAACUGGUCCUCCCAGUUCCUGCCUUUAAUGUGAUCAACGGCGGCUCUCAUGCUGGGAACAGACUGGCCAUGCAGGAGUUCAUGGUGUUACCUGUGGGGGCGGAGUCUUUCCGUGAUGCCCUACGUGUGGGGGCGGAGCUCUACCAGACCCUGAGGAGUGUCAUCAAGGAGAAGUAUGGUCAGGACGCCACCAACGUGGGAGACGAAGGAGGGUUUGCCCCGAACAUUCAGGAGAACAGUGAAGCCCUGGAGCUCAUUAAGACGGCCAUAGAGAAGGCCGGCUUCACCGAUAAGGUGGUGAUCGGGAUGGAUGUUGCUGCGUCAGAGUUCUUCAGUGAGGGCAAGUAUGACCUGGACUUCAAGUCUCCACCAAACGCUGCCAGAAACAUCAGCGGUGAGGAGCUGGCUGCCAUCUACCAGGGCUUCAUCAACAACUACCCAGUGGUUUCUAUUGAAGAUCCGUUUGACCAGGACGACUGGCCUGCUUGGUCUCAGUUCACGGCCUCAGUGGGGAUCCAGAUUGUUGGAGAUGAUCUGACGGUGACGAACCCUCGCAGGAUACAGCGAGCUGUGGACGACAAGGCCUGCAACUGUCUGCUGCUCAAAGUCAACCAGAUCGGUUCUGUCACCGAGGCCAUUAAAGCGUGUAAGCUGGCUCAGGAGAACGGCUGGGGGGUGAUGGUCAGCCACCGCUCUGGAGAAACAGAGGACACCUUCAUAGCCGACCUGGUGGUUGGUCUCUGCACCGGACAGAUCAAAACCGGAGCUCCGUGCCGAUCUGAGCGUUUGGCCAAAUACAAUCAGCUGAUGAGGAUCGAGGAGGAGUUGGGGGAUCAGGCUCACUUCGCUGGACACAACUUCAGAAACCCGAGUGUCCUCUGAGUGCAUCAGCAUCAUACGUGUCGUGUUUAACAGAAGCAGGUAGAUCCUGACUCACCUUAAAGCAGGGUUGUCAAACUCACUUUAGUUCAGGUUCCACAUCCAGCUCAGUUUGAUCUGCAGUGGACCGGACCAGUAAAAUCACAGCAUAAUAACCUAUAAAUAACCACAACUCUUAAUGUUUCCUUUGUUUUAGUGCAAAAAAGUACAUUCUGAAAAAAUUUAAGUUUAAUAUUUAAGGAAUUAUCUCUUUACAAAACAUGAUGAAUGACCUGAAAUUUCUUGAGAAAAAUACAUUCAGUUUCAACAGCAUUAGGCCUCAGUUUAUAAUUUACACCUUAAAACUUACAGAUCACAGAGUGUCUACAAAGGAACACAACACAGUCACAAGUAUCAGGAACUAAAUGAUAUAGUGUUUUACUUUAUGAUCAAAACGACAAAAAUUAGACAAAAAAAGACAACAAAGAACAAAAACAGGACAUAAUAUUUGAAAAAUGAGACCCAAAAUGACAAAAACGAGACAAAUGACACAAAACAAAACAAAAAUGAGACAAAAAGUUACACAAAUGACACAAAAAAUUUCAACAAAAGAAACAAAACAGCAAAAAUAGACAAAAAACACAAGCGAGACAAAAAAGAAACACAAAACGACAAAAACACAAGACAAACAAUAAAAGUCAGACAGAAAAGACCAAAAAACAACAAAAACAAGACAAAAUAUUGCAAAAAUUAGACCUAAAACGACAAAAGCAAGAAACAAAAUGACAAAAAAUGAGGCAAACAAUACAAAACAAAACAAAAAAGAGACAAAAAAUUUCACAAAAAAUUACAAAAUGACAAGAAAAUGGACAAAUGACACAAACGAGACAAAAAAUGACAAAAGCGUGAAACUAAUGAUAAAAGUCAGACAGAAAAGACCAAAAAACAACAAAAACAAGAAAAAUAUUGGAAAAACAAGACACAAAACAACAAAAUGAGAAACAAAACGGCAAAAACAUGAGACAAAUGACAAAAGUCAGACAAAAAACAACAAAAACAAGACAAAAUGUUACAAAAACGAGACAAAAUGAAAAAAAGAACAAUCUAGUAUUUUACUUUAUGAUCAAAACAACUUGUCAUGGUCUAGAAAUUAUUUUAAAUUUAUAGUUUUACUAAUUUACAAUCUGCAGUUAAUGUCUUCUUCAAGUCGUCCCGCGGGCCGGAUUGGACCCUCUGGUGGGCCGGAUUUGGCCCGCGGGCCGCAUGUUUGACAGCCCUGCCUUAAAGCAUCCAUGAACCAGGGUCACUGCAGCGUAAAGAUCAGUGUGGGAGCUCAGAAAGUGUCCUGAUGUUAGUGUGUCUGUUUGGUCAGUUGUUGUUUCCUCCACAGUUCAGUAAAAACGGUGUGCGUCUGUUCAAGGUGAAGCUCAAUAAAGUGAUGAUGUCACUCA